AUGCGCUUCUCCAUCGCACUCAUCACAUCAAUCAUGGCCCUCGCAGCCACCACGCCCGUCGUCGCGCUCGCAAGUGACAACAACGGCCGGAACACUGGUCUCGACGGCGCGGACGGCGCGGACGGCGCGCCUGGCGCCGGCACCGGCGGAGGAAGCGGAGGCAAGGGCGGCAAGGGCGGCCUCGGGGGCCGCGAUGGUGGCGGUUCCGGCGGAGCCGGCGGCGGCGGAGGCAAGGGCGGCGCUGGUGGUGGAGGUGGAGCCGGAGGCGGAGGAGGCAAGGGCGGCGCGGGGGGUAAGGGCGGCAAGGGCGGCGCUGGCGGCGCUGGAGGCAAGGGAGGUGCUGGUGGCAAGGGCGGCGCUGGCGGCGGCUCUGGCACCGCCGAGCUGUAA